AUGCAUUCCCAGUACGAGACUCUGUCUUACAGCUGGCAUAACAACGAGUGGAACGACUUUACCACUGAGCAGAAAAAGUUAUAUGAGCCAUGGGAGAUAAUUUGCAACGGGAAAAACGUCACAGUCCAGCCCAAUCUCUGGAGAGCACUCCAGCGUCUUCGUCAUCGAGACCGAUCGCGAACCGUGUGGGCGGAUGCGUUGUGCAUCGAUCAGAGCAAUGAUCGGGAGAGAGCACAACAGGUGCAGAUUAUGAGCUUGAUUUACAGUAAUGCUUUACAAACCGUCAUCUGGAUGGGAGAGUCCAAACAGGCCUCAGUUGAGAAGUCUUUGGACUUGAUCUGUCGCAUCGUCAAUUCCUGGGAUGAACGCCAUCCUGCAGAAUACUGGAUGACUGACGAUGCUACAUCCGAGACUUUGGCUCGACGGCCAACUGGCCCAGUUGCAAAGGAAGAUGACGAAAACUUCGCGUUAUCAGACCUUUUCCGCCUAAGCUGGUUCCGCAGGAAAUGGGUUAUCCAAGAAGCCGUUUUGUCUCGAUCCUGCGAAAUCAUUUGGCAGAACUGCAGUAUAUCUUGGUACUGGGUAGGACUCGCCGCCGCGAUCAUCAGAAACCAAAAUAUUGAGAACUUGUUUAUUAGUGAACCAUCAAAUACGGGUAUAUGUAAUGCAUAUCUCAUAUUCCGCUUGUCAUCUCAUGAGGGGCUACCAUCAGUUCAACUCACCUUUUUACAGCUGCUUCGUCUCACGGCCACUUUCCAAGCGACCGACCCACGAGACUCAAUCUUUGCUUUACUAGGAAUUCAGACUAAAGAUCAUCAUCCACAAAACUCUCCUUUAUUUCUAGCGGAUUAUACCCUAGACACCGAAACACUGUUCCGGAAAGUUGCAGAGAAGUUUAUGGACCACCCGGAGCCAUUAAAAUUUCUUGUCAAUACGGAGUCCUGGACCAAAACCGGCGCGACACGAAACAAAGAAUACAUAACAGAUUCAAAACCUUCGUGGGUGCCUAUAUGGGGCAAAAAUGCUGGUUUCAUGCUGGCUCCGUGGUCGCUCCAGGAUGGGUUCCAUCCCGCUCGUGGCCUCGAUUUUCAGCGUCAGAUCACCGAAGACACCUCACACCUAGUAGUCAGAGGUAUUGGAAUCACAACAGUGCUCUGCCGAGAAGAUGAAAACCUGCGCGACAGCGUUUGGGACUUACUGACUUGUGGAAUGUUCAAAGUCGUCUCACUUGAGAUUUUGGAGCUUUUCUCAAGAACGCUGACGUGCGGACGGAAUGCUUACGGAGGUCGCGAAAGGGAGGUACAUGCAUUGCUGUCCCAUUUUGCAGCAUUUUUAUGCGCAAAUAAAGAUACGAGUAUCGACAAAAUAGAGACUUCGAAGGCAAAUGAACAUCUCGAUAUUUCUGUCUUGAACGCCCUUGCUAAAGACGGCGAUGCAAAAGCUUUUGAGGCCGUGGCAAGUAACGUCUGUCAGAAUAGUCGGCUUUUUCUAACAGUGUCCGGUCAUAUUGGUCUUGGACCCCGUCAAAUUGGCUCCGGGGAUGUUAUUUGUGUCCUCGGUGGUGCUGAUAUGCCUUUCGCGCUUCGAAGACAGGACGGAUGUUAUACUUUGGUUGGAGACUGUUAUAUUGAUGAUGUGAUGGAAGGACAAGCGGUAGAAGCGAUGAAGAUGAAAUGUUCACACCAUGGAGCCUUUGAUAUUGAGAAGGUCAUUGAUUCUCGUCUUGCAUCAGAAUGGAUUCCGGAGCAAGUCCGACCCCAAGUAGAGUUGGUUAGAGAUGACUUGGUGGCCGCGGCUGCUAAAAAGUAUUCUGUUUUGCAAGAAAGUUGGAUUGAGAUCUGCUAA